AUGAUCCCUGAGGUUUUUGAAUCUCGCAAGCGCAAGAUUCUCGCAGACCUGUCCAUCCCGGACGCAGAGUAUACUGAUCUGUCGCCGAAGGGCUCUGUGGAUGAAGGUAUUCGCAUCCUCAUCAAUGAUAUUAAUACCCUACCAGGGUUGGUGACUACUAGCAGCUGUGCGGGAAGGAUCAGUGUAUUCCUGGAGGGGCGAAAGAAGCAACAGCAGCAGCAGCAGCAGCAAGCGGUGUCAGAUGAGCAGCAGCAACAACAGCAGAGGCAGUUCGUACCUUCCGGGGGCAAAGGAGCAGGAAAGUGGUUAUAUGUGUCUCAUGAGCCCUUGCAAGAAUAUGGGAAGGUGCGAGAAAAAGAGCAAGAGCGCCAGCCACUGCAUGAGUUGUUCGGGAUGAUGCCUGGGGAUGGCAGGCCACCCGGUUUAAACAAGGAUGGUCAAGCCCCGCGUCUCGUGCGCUUCUCUUUUGAGCCUAUGAUCCUCCAUAUUAUGACGGCCACAUUACACCAUGCUCACCCCGUGCUAUCUGCCGCUUCAACCUCCGGCUUUCGUGAGAGUGGACUGCAGAGUCUACGUUGCUUAGAGGCGAAUGACAUUGAGGGCCCAAGCCCCAUCGUCGCUGUGCGCUCUGCCGGUCUCUCAUUGGAGUCUGUCAUCGGGUAUUGUGAAGAAACUUAUGAUGAUAAUGAUGAUAAUGGAGAACCCAUUAUCCGCAGUCUGGUCACGGAAGAGUUUCUCGAGAUGCUGGUUGCUAUCUCGAAUGAAAGAUUCGCUGUGAACUCUGAACGUAAGGAGAGAUUUCGCGCGAAUUUGUUAGAUCUGUGUUCGACGGACCACACAAAAGCGAAAGGAAAGUCUAAGCCCCCUGGUUGGGAGGAUCCGGAGAAGCGAAGGGAGAGGAUGAGGGCAGAAGGACUGAAGAGGAAGCAGCUGGCGCAAAAUCAGAGGAAGGAAGUUGACGCGGAUUUGGAUCUGUCGGGAGCAAGUCUGGAGUAA